AAUGUUACAGUGGAGGAAUUUCUGGACGAUGACGAUAUAUUACUGGAGUGUAGAUCACAAAAGAAAUCUAUUGUUAAUUACUUAACUCGUCCAGACGUGAUCAAACGCCUUGUUGAACUCAUAACUACAGAACCUUCUGAGGAUCUACCUUUAGCACAAAGAUAUCGGCAUGCGAAUAUGGCUUGCGAAAUCUUAACGUUGUAAGUACCGACCAACAUAUACUAUGUGAUAACACUUCCGUACAAAUCUGA